AUGGGGUCCAUGGGCAAUGAUGCCUCGAUAUACUCCUCCUACGAAUAUGCCCCACCAUCAACCAAGGGGAUCACUCUACCAACACCACCCUUGACGCCGGCCAAGGUCAGGAAGCCUCGCACUAUCACAGAACUCAUUUCCAUUCGAGCGCGAGAUCUGCCAGACGAGCCCAUCUUCGGCUAUCCGUCAACGGGCCUUGACUACACUGAGUACACCUUCCCCGAACUAGAGGCUCUCUCCAUUCGAGCUGCUAGAAAAUAUGCAAGCCUGCUUCCGGUCAGGACGGAUUCAAGCGAAGAUGCUCGCGUGAUAGGAUUGCUUGGUCCCUCAACACUGGACUACUUUGUCACGCUGCUGGCGCUCUCCCGCCUGGGGUUUACGGUCCUUUUCCUUUCGACAAGGAUAUCUGAAGCGGCCUACCUGUCUCUGCUUGAGGCGACCGGGUGUAGACACAUGGUCGUUUCUCCAUCGUUUAUGAGAACGAUAUGCGCUGUGCAACGGUCGCUCCCGGAGUUGCAGACCAUUGAUUUCCUUCCGCAGAGUGAGUAUGACACGGAUGGGAGCAUCGACGUGCCGCCGCAAGGCUUAGAGCAAACUCUAGACCUCGACCAGGAAACGACGAAGGUCGCAUGGAUCAUCCACUCAUCCGGCUCAACCGGCCUCCCCAAGCCCAUCUACCAAACUCAUUACUCAGCGCUACGUAACUAUGAGAACAACAUGAAUCUGAAAGGGUUCGUCAUCCUUCCUCUCUUCCACGCCUUCGGGCUGUCCAACGUCUUCCGGGGUUUCACAGCCGUCAAGAAAAUCUACAUAUACAGCGCCAGUCUUCCGCUGACGAGCCAAAAUCUGCUGCAGGUCAUGCGUCAGCAUAAAUUCGAGAUCUUCAUUACCGUUCCGUACGCACUGAAGCUUCUCAGCGAGACGCAGGAAGGGAUUGACGCCCUCGCCGCCAUGAAGAUGGUGCAGUUUGGCGGCUCGGCUUGCCCCGACGCGCUGGGUGACAGGCUGACUGAGGGUGGUGUAAAGUUGAUCAGUCACUACGGGUCGACAGAGACAGGGCAGUUGAUGACUUCGACGAGACCAGAUGGUGAUAAGGCGUGGAAUUAUGUCCGGGUCCAUGAGAAGCUGGCACCCUUUAUCAGGUGGGAGGCUCGUGGUGGGAAUCUGCAUGAGCUGGUGGUGCUAAAAGGCUGGCCUUCGAAGGUCGCAACCAAUCGCCCAGACGGCGCGUACGCUCUCAAAGAUCUCUUUGAACCACAUCCGUCGAUCGAAGGCGCUUGGAAAUAUUGUGGUAGACUGGAUGAUACCAUCGUCCUGAUGAACGGCGAGAAGGCCAUCCCCAUUGCCAUGGAGCAGGCUGUGCGGCAACACAAGAUGGUGAAGGAGACUGUCAUGUUCGGUGCGGGAAAGAGCCAGGUGGGCAUGAUCGUCAUUGCUUCGGAGUUCUCUGCUGGAAAGACGACGGAUGAGCUUAUUGACGCAAUCUUGCCCGUGAUCGCGGCCGAAAACCUCGUGCUGCCAGCUUAUGCCCAGCUGUCCAGGGAUAUGAUCAGAGUUCUACCCAUCGGGACAGAAUACCCACAGACAGACAAAGGGACCAUCGUUCGUCAGGCAUUCUAUCGAGCGUUCCAGAACCAGAUCGACGAAGUGUAUCAGGAGGCGGAAUCCCGAUCGAGAGGAACACGCGUACUCGAGGGCCAGGAAUUGCGGGCGUUCCUCCGCGAGCAGAUCUUGGAGCUCACCACCAAUUCGAACGAAAGCCAAUCGCUUUCAGAUGACACAGAUCUAUUCUCCCUUGGGGUUGACUCGCUGCAAUCGACAAGGCUGCGCGCCAAGAUUCUAAAGGAGAUACAACUCAACGGCAACGCUCUGCCGCAAAAUGUAGUGUUUGAAUAUCCCACGAUUGCUAAACUGGCAGAGGCGAUUGUGAGCAUCCGAGAUAGCAAAGCUAUUGAGACGCAAGACGUGAUGGGAGAGAUGGAAAGGCUCGUUUCCAAGUACAGCAUCUUCCCGCAACAUGUCCCGGUCGCAAAGACGUCAGACCAGACUUGUGUCGUGGUCACCGGCGUUACUGGCUCCCUCGGUGCACAUGUUGUCGCACAGUUGGUCCGUCGACCUUACAUCAAAGAGGUGUGCUGUCUCGUGCGAGCCGAAUCUGACGUGAACGCAGAAAGGCGGGUUAUCGAAUCAAUGCAAGCGAGAGAGGUGUACAAUGACCUUCUCCCUAAACAACGCUGCAAGAUCUCCUGCUAUCAAUCCGACUUCUCCAAACCAAAGCUCGGUCUAAGUGACGCCGUGUACGACAAUCUCUCUCAGAGAAUCACAAGCCUGAUCCACUCAGCCUGGUCAGUCAACUUCAACAAGAACCUGAGCAGCUUCGAAGCCGACUGUAUCGCGGGUGCUCGCAAUCUGAUGCUGCUGUGCCUGUCUGCGCAACAGCCACAGCCGGCAUCAUUCAACUUUUGUUCCUCCGUCAGCACAGUCGUUAACACCCAAGGCGAUGUCGUACCCGAAGCGCUGCCCGAGAGCUUCCGCUGCGCACAGGGAAUGGGCUACGCGCAAUCCAAGCUCGUGACCGAGAACCUGAUCGCCCGCGCGGCAAUUCAAACCGGUAUGUCGGCACGCGUGUUGCGGAUUGGCCAGAUCGUCGCGGACACACAAAACGGAAUAUGGAACGCCACAGAGGCCAUCCCGCUGAUGCUCCAGGCAGCCACCACCAUCGGCGCACUGCCAGCGCUCGACGAGUCGCCGCGCUGGCUCCCCGUGGAUACCGUUGCGAAGUCUGUCAUCGACAUCUCUCUACCAACAGCUUCCUCUGCCACAUUCUUCAACGUCGUCAACCCACGCACGUUUCACUGGACGAACGAUCUGCUCCCAGCGCUGCGUGCUUCGGGCCUCAAGUUUGAGGAGGUCGGCCAAAGAGAGUGGGUCGCCAGACUGAGGAAGUCAAAUCCCGACCCCGUGGCUAACCCCACCAUCAAGCUGGUGGAAUUCUUCGCCAACAAGUACGACAAUGACAUGACGAAGCGCAGGAAUCUGGGAUACGACACCCGUGUCACGGAAUUAGCUGCGCCCGUCCUGAGUCAUGUGCCGGCACUGCAGCCUGAGCUGGUGCAGAAGUUUGUGAGCAAGUUCUUGAGCACGAGAUGGGCGCCGAGAUUGUAG